ACUCGUGGCACUGACCCUGACCGCCACCAUCUCUUACCAAAACAAAUCCAUUAAUUCUUCAAAUAAAAAAGGAAAAACACACACAGAAGCAAAGGCAAAUCAGAAAAUGGAAGGAGGGAUGUCGCGAACCAACCUUAAGCGCCCCUUUGUUGAAGACCCCGAGUCCAACAAACCCCCUUCGGAAAAGAGGGUGAGGUUUCCGAAAGGGAAGAAGGUGAAGUCGGGAGAUUAUGUAUUUGAGGAUUCACCUAGUAAAGAUGUUCCUAACUGGAGUGACCCACGGCUUGCUGCCAAAGAGCGUACGAUACGGCGGAAUGAGAUUGCAGAGGAACUUCUUGAUGAUGAAAACAGAGAUUUCCUCCCUGACAUAAAGAAAGCCGAAGUCCAUUAUACGGAUAAUGAAACAUUUGUUGAGGAGGGCGUCCAGAUAGAUCCUUUUAAUCUGGAUAAAGAAAGAGAAGAAGGAUACUUUGAUGCUAAUGGAAAUUACGUCGAGUACGUGAAUGAAAAUCAGAUCAAGGAUGCGUGGCUUGAUAGUGUUGAUGUCUAUGAAAAGUAUACUGAGAAAAGUUCUAUUCCAACUACUAAUGAUGAAGAAUCUCGUGACCUUACCUCCGAAGAACUUGCAAAAAUAAAGAGGCGGAUUGCUAAUGUUCUCGAGCCUGGAGAAACGGUUUUGCAAGCUUUAAGGAGAUUGAAAGGAACCUCAGGUAACAAGAAGCAGAAGAUGUCCGCAGAAACUAAACUGCUGUUUGAUCAGCUAACUGACGAUGCUAUGAAACUGAUGGAGAGUGGGGAUUACGAUGUGUAUGAUGAAAAACAAGAAAGUUUCCAGCGUGAAGCAGAGGGUUAUGAAAAGUUAGCUCAGGCAAGGAUGCAGGGUACCUCCAUGAGUUCUCGACAGGAAGUGUCUUAUGAUAUUUUUAAUGAAGACGCAGUUCCAAAUGGGGCUGACAUGAUUAGGCCAUCUUUUAUGCCAUCUAAUGUCGACACGGGUGCUUCAAAGUUUAGCAUUUCUACCACCACAGAUGAUGGUGAUGAUGCUUUUGACAUGUUCGCGGAAGAUGAUGUAAAUACUUCUGUAAAUCCAGCCCUUGAUGGGAGUGAAUCUGUUUCUGUUCAGCCUUCUGAAGGUGGAGAUCUGCAGAAUGAUUAUGUAUAUGACGAGUCUUCUGGUUACUACUAUAGCAGCAGUUUGGGUUACUACUAUGACCCUUCUUCGGGGCUAUAUUGCAGUGCAGCAUCAGGACAGUGGUACUCUUAUAAUGAAGAGUCGGGGAGCUAUGAUGAGGUUCAACAAACUGCGUCCAGCUUGAGCUGAGGAAAACAGCCUCCUUUGUUAAGGGAUACUGUAUGAUACAAAAAACACAGCAGCGUGUUUCUUCCUAUGGAUUCCCUAUUUCCUUUACAUGUCUUCAGAGUGUAAAUUUUCGAUUAAUUAUCUAUGUUCGGGUUGGUUUUUUCCUCACGGUCGUCUUGGGAUUAAUCGGAAUUGGCACUGUGCUGUGUCCAUGCACUAUUGUACAUCUAUUGUGGUAUCAUAGAAACUCAGCAGUAAACUAAACCUUGCAGAAAUUGUUUGCAGUCCCACCCCCACCACCAAACACAAUAAAGUAACGGGACCAUGCAAAUAGAAAGCUAAAAUACUAUGGUUCAAUUUGAUGUCCAGUAUGUUACAAUUGCUGAAUUUCCAGAAAGUUGUGUUUCUGUU